AUGGAGCCAGGGGACGUUGCCAUCACGUUCCUGUCAACCGGCAAGGUAAGGAUCAAGACGUCUAUGAAAAGCCAGCCUAUCGAAAACAAAAACACGAUCCUCCGGCGAAUGAGGUCAUUCUUCGAUCAGUCAUGGUCAGAUGAGCUGCCUGUUGGAGUCUUUUUAAUCUCUCACCCGGACGGGCCGAUCCUUUUCGAUACUGGAGAAUCACCUCUGUGUAACGAUCCCGGUUACCAUAGCAUGUUGAGUACUGGGAGAUUCUUUGCUCAAACGGUCAUCGGGAAAGAUGAGGGAAUUGUAUCACAGCUAAAGGCACGAGGAGUUGACCCCAAAACUCUCCAAGCCAUUGUCCUCAGUCAUCUCCAUGGAGACCACGCCGGAGGAUUACCCGCACUGCUUGAGGAAGCCCCAGACGUUCCCGUGUAUACAACCAAAGAUCACUGGGACGCCUUUGGGAACUCUCCCAUCCAUGCGACCAUCAAUGGAUGUGCCCCGCAACACUGGCCGAAGAACUUCAAGCCGCGGAUUCUUGAGAAAACGCAGAAGACCAUUGGCCCAUGGGCAUCGCACUAUCCGAUCACGAAAGAUGCCUCGGUUGUCGCGGUCGACACGCCAGGUCAUGUCCCGGGACACAUCUCGCUCAUUGUCUGCGCGAAGAACGACAACCAGGAUCCCACCAACUUUUUCUUGGUCGGAGAUGCCACAUACAGCAUCGAGGAUCUGGACAGUGAGCAGCCUGACGGCAUCAACGACGACCCGGAAACGGCCUUUCGAAGCCUGCAACAGAUUAAGCAGUACGCGAGGCUCCAUGAUGUGGUCAUGUUGCCGAGUCAUGAUCCGAAUACACCAGAAAUGCUGAAUCAGCGGACUCUGUAUCGGCCGACGGAUGCGAGUAAAGCAUGA